GCACAGGAGGGAGUUGUUCGCUGGAGGAGUUGCAGUGGGGGGACAUGACUGGACGGACAGCGCGCGCGGAACAGGGCGGGAAGCCACGGUGUACACUUUUGAGGUCAGUGUUGGCGAGGCUGCGGCUACACCCGCUCGCAGAUGAGCAGGCAGCGAGCCGCGACACCGCGCCGACGACUCCGCCACGAGACCCGCUUCACCCGCUCCACAGGAGUUAUGAGCAGCAGCAGCAGCAGCAGCAGCAGCAGCAGCAGGUCGUGACAAGUGGAGAGAGAAAGCAACUCGACGCAGGCGAACAGUCCCAAAUAUGAGCAGGGACCAUGGCCUCCUCAGCUUCAGCACUGAUGGCUCUCACAACCAGCCCCGGCGUCGUGCUGGGCGUCAUCCCCCUGCUGGCCAUCGGGCUCACCUACCUGCGCUACGUGUCGGUGGACCCAGAGUCCAGGCCCAUCGAUGUCCGCACCGUCCUCCCCGAAUACGACUUCGUGAUCGUCGGCGGCGGCUCGGCGGGCGCCGUGCUCGCCAACAGACUGUCCGAGGUCGCCGCGUGGCGCGUGCUCCUGUUGGAGGCGGGCGGCGACGAGACCGAGAUCUCCGACGUGCCAACACUGGCGGCAUACAUGCAGCUCUCCGACAUGGACUGGAAGUUCAAGACCGAACCCCCGAAGGAUUCGCACUACUGCCUCGCCAUGAUCGGUGACAGCUGCAACUGGCCCCGCGGGAAAGUUCUAGGCGGUUCUAGUGUCCUCAACGCCAUGAUAUACGUCCGCGGGAAUCGUUACGAUUACGACGAAUGGGCAAGAAUGGGAAACGACGGAUGGAGCUACAACGAUGUCCUGAAGUAUUUCAAGAAGUCUGAAGACAACAGAAACCCCUAUCUCGGCAAAAACUCCUACCACUCGACGGGUGGUUAUCUAACCGUGCAAGAAGCACCCUGGCGAACUCCCCUAUCAUUAGCAUUCAUAGAAGGCGGAAUGCAACUAGGCUACGAAAAUCGUGAUUGCAAUGGGGAAUUCCAAACUGGGUUCAUGAUAGCGCAAGGAACUAUUCGACGCGGUUCUCGAUGCAGCACGGCAAAAGCAUUCCUGAGACCCGUACGACUGCGAAAAAAUCUCCAUGUCGCAAUGAAUGCCCAUGUCACACAAAUACUUAUCAACCAAGAUAAAAAUAAAAAACAAGCAACGGGUGUACAGUUUAUGAGGCAUGGCAAAACUAAUACGGUGAAAGCAAAGAAGGAAGUCGUUUUGUCAGCGGGGGCCAUAGGAUCUCCUCAUUUACUGCUGAUUUCUGGCAUUGGCCCACGUGAUGAACUUGAAAAGCUUAACAUUCCUGUCAUACAAAACCUAAAAGUUGGCUAUAAUCUUCAAGACCAUGUGGGACUUGGAGGGCUAACCUUUAUAAUCGACGAACCAGUGACCUUAAGAAAGUCCCGAUUUCAAACUGUGACAGCAGCACUGGAAUAUGUAGUCAAUGAACGUGGUCCAUUAACUUCACUUGGAGGUGUUGAAGGAGUGGCAUUUGUCAACACAAAAUACGCUAAUAAAUCAGGUCUAUGGCCUGACAUUCAGUUCCACUUCGCACCUAGUUCCGUGAACUCUGAUGGUGGAGAACAAAUUCGUAAAAUUCUCGGUUUACGUGACCGAAUUUACAACACUAUGUAUAAACCACUGGUGAACUCUGAAACAUGGACCAUUCUGCCACUUCUUCUUCGCCCGAAAAGUAAAGGUAAAAUAUUCCUCCGGAGUAAAAACUUUUCUCAUUACCCAGGAAUUGAGCCCAACUAUUUUUCUCAUGAAGAAGACAUUCGUACACUAAUAGAAGGUGUUAAAAUUGCCGUGAAUCUUUCAAUGACUCCGGCAUUUAAAAAUUUUGGCUCACGACUCCAUAAGAUUCCAAUGCCAGGAUGCGAGAAACAUCAAUUUGCAAGCGACGAAUACUGGGCAUGUUACCUCAAGCACUUUACCUUUACUAUAUACCACCCAACUGGCACAUGCAAGAUGGGACCACCUUCAGAUCCAGAUGCUGUUGUCAAUCCACGUCUCAAAGUAUACGGAGUGGAAGGAAUUAGGGUUGUCGAUGCCUCUAUUAUGCCCAAUAUAAUUAGCGGUAAUCCUAAUGCGCCCACAAUUAUGAUAGGAGAAAAAGCUUCGGAUAUGAUUAAAGAAGACUGGAAGGUCCUGUGAUAGCCAUCGUCUGUUUAUAAACAUAUUUAAACACUAUUCUAUAGACUCGUAUAAUGCAUUACGAAAUUAUAUGUACUCCAAGAAAAACUAUUUGUGUGUAGCAUAGACGAUAUAUCCAUGAAAAUCGUGUGUUUAAAGGUAGGUAACAAUAAUAUUUACUAGAGUAAUAUCUCGAAUGAGCCACAAGAACUGGCCACCAUCCAGGGAAGCAAAUAAUCAACUUAAAAUACAAUGUCAUUAUUCGCUGUAAAGCUUGUGUCUAUUUUAUGCUGUCAUGGUUUCUCAUAAUUAUUGUAAAUUGUGCAUAUCGUUCAUUGUGUGUUUCGUAUUUUGACUGUGCUAUACUUAUUUACUUAUAUCUUUUAAGUUAAAAAUCAACAACACACAACUCACUCGAUAUUGCACAGAAACCUUCAUAAAAACAGCACAAAGUAGUUUUUUGUAUACUUGCGAAAAUGAAAUAUUUAAAAAUUAACAUUAUUAAAGACCAUAAAUAUACUGUCUGAAAUAUGCUGGAAUAUUAUCGAAAUACAGAUGAUUUAAAAAUAACAUCAGUUUCACUCAUUACCCAAUAAUCUAACCAAGACAAAUAGGCUAUAUUCCUUUGUUCAACUUAAUAUUUUCUAAAUGUAAAAUUUAUUUUAGAAAAAAACUGCGAUUUCGACAACUAAACUAUAUACUAUUAUUUCAGCAUUAUUCGUAAGAAGGAACUGUAUUCACACAUUAACAUGUUUUUCCUUUUACCAGCAUUCUAAAGGUACGGUCCCUUCAGACAAGAUUUUUAAAAUGCAUUAAUUGUUGUAAUAGAUAAAAAAAACUACUUGGGAAUCAACAACAAAUUCCUGCAUUUGUAUUUUCUCGAAUGAAUCUGUUAAAUUAAGAAAAUUUUGUGGGUAACAUUAUCCACUUUUAAUUGUAGAAUUAAGGGAUGCUUUCUUGUUAUUGCACCAAUGUGUGUAAAUGCACCAAUGUGUGUAAAUGUUGGCUGUAAUAUAUAGAAUAUUUCCACAUGAUUCAUCCUAUUUCAAAUGCCUAUAACAUUGAAAUGAAAAAAAGAUAAAAGCUUUGGUUGGAUUUUAACAUACAAUAAUACUAAGUUACUAUUUUACAAAACAACCAGUCUGUUCGAACCUCUGGUAUCACCGUUGAAUGCU